AUGUACCACUGGCCUAUUGUGUUGCUGUUUUCCCUCAUGAAAGCAUCUACAGAAAAACUCUUCUGCACUCUGCGGGGAAAAGCCGAAUUUCCACAAUUAUCAAAGGAUGGACACAUAAUAAUUGGAGGAGCAUUUUCAAUACACAGCAAAGCUUCCAGUACACAGUUUUCCUUUGACACUUAUCCAGAUACUCCCAAGUGCAACAGUCUAAAUUUCAGAGAACUUCGAUUUGCCCAAACUAUGAUUUUUGCCAUUGAAGAAAUAAACAAAAACACACAACUGCUUCCAGGGAUCUCACUCGGCUAUAAGAUUUAUGAUACUUGUGGUUUCAUACCUUUAUCUUUGAGAGCAACAAUGGGCUUAGUAAAUGGGCAAGACGAAACAUUUACUAAUUCAUCCUGUACAAAAACAUCAACCAUCCAUGCUAUUAUAGGAGAAUCUGAAUCUUCCUCAACCAUUGCAAUGACUGCCACAAUUGGACCAUUUCGAAUCCCUGUGAUUAGUCACUUUGCUACUUGUGCCUGCUUGAGCAACAAAAAUGAAUUUCCUGCAUUUUUUAGAACCAUACCAAGUGAUUACUAUCAAAGCCGAGCCCUUGUACAGCUUGUGAAGCAUUUUGGAUGGACCUGGGUUGGAGCAAUACGAAGUGACAAUGAUUAUGGAAACUUUGGAAUGGCAACCUUUAUGAAUGCAGCUCAAAGGGAAGGAGUCUGUAUCGAAUAUUCAGAAGCCAUACACAGAAGUGAUAGUAAAGAAAAAAUUGCUAAAACAGUGAAUAUUAUCAGAAAGUCUACUUCCAAAGUUAUAAUUGCUUUCUUGGCUCAAGGAGAGAUGGAAAUGCUGAUCCAAGAAAUAGCCUUGCAGAAUGUCACUGGUUUACAGUGGAUAGGCAGUGAAUCUUGGGUAACUUCCAGGCAACUGGCAACAGAAGAGAGCUUCCAGGUCCUGGGUGGGGUCAUUGGGUUUACAAUUAGGAAGUCAGUAAUUACAGGGCUGAAAGAAUUUUUGAUAAACCUGCAAAUGUCUGAAGUUUUUGGAAAUGCACUUCUGAAAGAAUUUUGGGAGGCAGCUUUCAGCUGUACUUUAUCAGCCCAUGAUACCAAGACCUAUUCAAAGGCAUGUUCAGGAUCUGAAAGCUUAAUAAAUUUAAACAACACUUAUACUGACACGUCUGAACUAAGAAUUUCUAACAAUGUGUAUAAGGCAGUCUAUGCUGUUGCCCACUCUCUUCAUAAUCUGUUUUCAUGCUCAGAUACCCAAGAUUCUUUUACUGACAAGAAAUGUUUAAAUAAGACAGCAUUUGAACCAUGGCAAGUAACACAUUUUUUAAAGACUGUGAAUUUCACUACCAAAAGUGGGGAGAGAGUUCAUUUUGAUGAAAAUGGAGAUCCUACAGCAAAAUAUGAGUUAGUGAACUGGCAAAAUGACCAAGAAGGCCUCACAAAGUUUAUCACAGUUGGCUUCUAUGAUGCAUCUCUGCCUGUGGAAGAGCAGUUUGUAAUGAAUAAUGUUAGUAUUAUUUGGGCUACUGGUAAGGAUAAGAGGCCUGAGUCAGUGUGCAGUGAGAGUUGCCUCCCUGGCACACGUAAAGCUGUGCAGAAAGGAAAACCUGUUUGCUGUUUUGACUGCAUACCAUGUGCUGAAGGGGAAAUCAGUAACAGCACAGAUGCCAUUGAUUGCUUCACGUGUCAUUCUGAAUACUGGCCAAAUGAAAAAAGGAACACUUGCCUGUUAAAAAAUGUUGAAUUUCUCUCAUUCACUGAAAAUAUGGGCUUGCUGUUGACAGUGAUUUCCUUAUUUGGAGCUAUAACAUCCAUAGUUGUACUGCUGAUUUUCUACUGGCACAAGGAUACCCCAAUUGUUAAGGCCAACAAUUCAGAACUAAGUUUCCUUCUUCUCUUGUCAUUGACGUUCUGCUUCCUCUGCUCAUUGGCUUUUACUGGGGAACCAUCUAACUGGUCUUGCAUGCUAAGGCACACAGCAUUUGGAAUUACAUUUGUCUGUUGUGUCUCCUGUCUUCUUGGAAAAACAGUUGUUGUCUUAAUGGCAUUUAGAAGCACAAUACCUGGUAAUAAUGUAAAGAAAUAUUCUGGUCCUGUACAACGUUUAUGUGUUUUUAUUUGCCCUGGCAUUCAACUGAUAUUAUGCAUUUUCUGGUUAUUACUGUCACCACCUUUUCCAAAAAAGAAUGUUUCAUAUUUUAAGGAAAAAAUCCUUCUGGAAUGUGAUGUAGGAUCAAUAGUAGCUUUUUAUGCUGUAAUGGGGUACCUUGGGUUACUUUCCAUUUUGUGUUUCAUACUUGCUUUUCUAGCUCGUAAAUUGCCAGACAAUUUUAAUGAAGCCAAGUACAUUACAUUCAGCAUGCUAAUAUUCUGUGCUGUAUGGAUUACUUUUGUCCCUGCUUAUAUCAGCUCCCCUGGAAAGUACACUGUAGCUGUUGAAAUAUUUGCUAUCUUAGCUUCAAGUUUUGGUUUACUUUUCUGCAUUUUUGCUCCCAAAUGCUAUGUAAUAUUAUUUAAGCCUGAAGCUAACACUAAAAGGAAUAUGAUUAGUAAAAUGCCUUCCAAAUCACUUUAA